AUGGAAUUUGAGGUACAUUUUGAAACUCCUCAAUUUCGGUUCAGUAUAGGAAAGCGAUGGAAGAGAUCCAACGCAGCAAAGAGGCUGCCCCCUUCUCCAUCAAAGCUACCUAUUGUUGGAAAUAUGAACCGUUUGAUUGUUUCCCAACCUCAUCAUACUCUCAGAAAGUUAGCUCAAAAGCAUAAAGCAUUGAUGCACCUUCAGCUGGGUGAAAUUUCUUCAAUUGUUAUAUCAUCACCGUGUUUAGCGAAAGAGAUAUUGAAAACUCAUGAUCUUGCCUUUGCGAUUCGGACACAGUUUCUAUCAGCCAAGAUCAUAUGUUAUAAAUGUUCAGAUAUUGCAGUCCGUGAAUAUGGUGACUAUUGGAGACACAUGCGAAAAACUGUCCUCAUACUCAAGCUCCAUGUUUGCAGAGCAGCACUUGGCAGGAAUUCACAUCCGCUAUUUUCACUGAAGUCUAAGUUGUUAGACGUGCGCCAUAAACUAGAUACAGUUUUGGACAGCAUAAUCGAUCACCAUAUUGACAAUCUAGCAUGGACAAAAACGGCCACUGGAGAAUUUGACCAUAAGAAUCUAACUGAUGCUCUUCUCAGAGUUAAAGAACGUGGUGACCUUCAAUUUCUAAGUACCAACGACGACAUCAAAGCUGUUUUGAUGGUGAUGUUCUUUCUUGUCACAUUUUCUUCAUAUGCUCUUCAGGUUACACCCUCGUGUUCCUCUAGAUUCCUAGAGAAUGCAGGGAGGAAUGUGAAAUUGAUGGAUAUAUCAUUCCCAACAAACAAGAUGCCUGGGCAAUUGGAAGACCCCAAGUUUUGGGAUGAUCUAGAUAGUAACAAACCAAAAAGAUUUGAAAACAAUUCCAUUGAUUUCAAUGGAAGUCACUCUGAAUAUGUUCCAUUUGGUGCUGGAAGGAGGAUUUGCCCAGGAAUUCCAUUUGGUUUCGCCAACAUUGAGCUUCCUUUAGCUCUUCUCCUCUAUCAUUUCAACAGGAAGCUCCUAAAUGGUCCCAUCUCUAGUGAUUUCGACAUGGAAGAUCUUGUACGAAUAAUUGCACCAACAAAAAAAAAUCUUCGCCUGCUUGCGACCCUGUAUGAUCCAUCACCUGAUCUACCAACCCAAACUUUGUGA